AUGGCGGCGCCUUAUGGGAUCAGCCCGACGGACCGCAGCGGGGCGAUCGUCAUCGCCGCAACGCUGUUCAUGUCUUGGAUGGUGCUGGUGUCCUUGUUCCGGGUCUAUAUGCGGGUUGCCAUGAACGGACCGGCUGGAUGGGAUGAUGUCGUAGUCUGGAUCGGUGGAGCGAUAGGAAUUGGGAAUAUGGGCGCCAUUAUGAAGGGUGUAUCGCAGGGUCUGGGUCGAAUCAAUCCGACCGACGAAGAGGGUGCCAUGAAGGCUUUGUAUACAGCCAAUCUCCUGUUCCUCGCUAGCCAUGGCGCCUCCAAAGUAUCUGUCUGCCUCCUUCUUCGGCGCCUGGGCCGAGAAGGCGCCUAUAUACGACUUUGCACUGUGGGCCUCGCGGUACUCGUCCUUUGGUUCCUCGCUUCCCUUCUUGCAGUGGGACUUCAAUGUGAACCUUCUCAGCCAUGGAAUCUCACGCAAUGUCACUCUUUCAUGACGGGAUGGCGUGCCAUGACAGCGUUCGAUAUCAUCACAGAGGCCCUUCUGGUGGGCCUGAGUAUUCGAUUGGUGUGGGGAGUGCAGAUGCGUCGCACUCAAAAGGCCGGGGUGAUAGGUGCCUUUGGCACUCGAAUCGUGAUUGUCGCCCUUACCAUUGUGCGCCAAUGUUACCUCAACCGGGUCGGGUUAAACAAUAUUCUGCUGGACAUGUCGAAUGUGGUGGUGGCCACCGAAGUGCUCCUGCACAGCAGUCUCAUGGCGGCGACGGUGCCCUGCCUCAAGCCGUUUGUGAUAGCCUUCAACACGGGCUGGGGUCAGGGUGGCCAGAAAGAUGGCUCUUAUCUGCGGUCGGAAACCAGUGAGGGCCCUCCAUCCAAGGCCCGAUCGCGUCCAUAUCCGGCAGACGAUGAGAUUACCAUGAUCCCGACCGGGGGAGCGAGGGAGUGCGAGGGGUAUCUGGAGGAGGCAAGCGGGGGGUUAAUGAUCCACCAGACGCGCGAGUGGAGUCUACGAACCGAGUAUAUUGAGAUGCAGCCGCUCAGGGGGCCCGAACGAUUGUAA